AUGUGUAGAGGACAGAAGCUAAGUCUAGUUUUGUGGAUACAGUGUGAAGAGGAGACAGAAGCUCAGUCUAGUUUUGUGUCGUGUAGAGGAGACAGAAGCUCAAGUCUAGUUUUUGUGAUACGUGUAGAGGAGACAGAAGCUCAGUCUAGUUUUUGUGAUACGUGUGAAGAGGAGACAGAAGCCCAGUCUAGUUCUUCUGAUAAGUGUGAAGAGGAGACAGAAGCCCAGUCUAGUUCUUCUGAUAAGUGUGAAGAGGAGACAGAAGCCCAGUCUAGUUCUUCUGAUAAGUGUGAAGAGGAGACAGAAGCCCAGUCUAGUUCUUCUGAUAAGUGUGAAGAGGAGACAGAAGCUCAGUCUAGUUGA